AGAGCAGGGCACUGGGCAGUGUUUCUGCGAUAGGUGCAUAACAAGAAGUGGGGGGGAAGAGGAAUGGCUGCAAAGCUCACCGCCUUCAGAAUAAAGGAAUUUUGAUGUAGUCAGCUGGUGUGUCAGAAGAAGCCAUGAGACACAUGAAACUGCAAUGGAACUGGCUAGCCAUUUUGCUGGUUUCAUGCUUAAGGACAUAUGCAUCAAGUGCUUCUAAACCCAAUAUUUUACUGAUGAUGGCUGAUGAUCUUGGUUUGGGGGAUGUAGGCUGCUAUGGCAAUGAUACACUAAGGACCCCUAAUAUUGACCAGCUGGCAAAGGAAGGAGUGAAACUUACUCAGCACAUUUCUGCAGCUCCACUUUGCACGCCAAGCAGAGCUGCUUUCCUGACCGGCAGAUACCCCAUCAGAUCAGGAAUGGGAUCCAGCACUAAACACCAUGUUCUUUUUUGGAUUGGUGGCUCAGGAGGACUUCCUCCAAAUGAAACAACUUUUGCCAGAAUACUGCAGCAGCAAGGUUAUACCACAGCACUUAUAGGAAAGUGGCAUCAGGGUGUGAACUGUGAAUCCCACAGUGAUCACUGCCAUCAUCCUUUAAACCACGGCUUUGACUAUUUUUAUGGCAUGCCUUUUACCCUUGUGAACGAAUGCCAAGUUGGAGAAGAUCCAUUCCUCAACAUACAGGUGCAAGCUAAAUAUUGGCUUUACAGUCAGAUAAUUGCCCUUACAGUGCUCACUCUUUUAAUUGGAAAACUGACUGGCUUAUUCUUGGUAAAAUGGAAAGCAAUCAUCUGCUUUGCCCUGUGUGGUUUCCUGUUUUUCAUCUCCUGGUUCUCCAGUUACGGAUUUGUAAGGUAUUGGAACUGUAUCCUGAUGAGAAACCAUGACAUUAGUGAACAACCAAUGAAGCCAGAGAGAGCCGCUUCCAAUAUCCUUAAGGAGGCCAUUUCAUUUAUUGAACGAAACAAGAAUGGCCCAUUCCUCCUCUUCGUUUCCUUUUUACAUGUCCACACACCCCUUGUCACCACAGAGAAGUUUCUUGGGAAGAGUAGACAUGGUUUAUAUGGAGAUAAUGUAGAGGAGAUGGACUGGAUGGUGGGCAGAAUUCUGGAUGCUAUUGACAAAGCAGGCUUGAAGAAUAACACAUUCACUUAUUUCACAUCUGACCAUGGAGGACACUUGGAGGCUCAUAAACAAAAUGCCCCAUUAGGUGGUUGGAAUGGAAUAUACAAAGGUGGAAAAGCCAUGGGAGGCUGGGAAGGAGGGAUCCGUGUGCCAGGGAUAUUUAGAUGGCCAGGAGUAUUGCCUGCGGAUACAGUUAUUGAUGAACCUACGAGUCUUAUGGACAUUUACCCCACAGUGGCUCACCUGGCUGCAGGAAAAAUGCCUCAGGACAGGGUGAUCGAUGGCCGAAACCUGAUGCCUUUACUGCAGGGAAAAGUUCAGCAUUCGGAGCAUGAGUUCAUGUUUCACUAUUGCGGGCUAUAUUUACAUGCAGUACGGUGGCACCAAAAGGACAGUGGGGCACUGUGGAAGGCUCAUUAUACAACUCCAAUAUUCCAGCCAGAGGGUGCGGGAGGCUGUUAUAUAAGUGGAUUCUGCAAUUGCUUCGGGGAAGAUGUAACCCAUCAUGACCCUCCUUUGCUCUUUGAUCUCUCCAGUGACCCUGCUGAGAUCAAACCUCUGUCUCUUGCCACCGAACCCCUGUUUGACACAGUAAUAAGCAGAAUAGAAAGAGCUGUUCAGGAGCAUCACAGGACCCUGACUCCUGUCCCUCAGCAGCUCUCUCCGUACAACAACAUGUGGAAGCCCUGGCUGCAACCGUGCUGUGGGACAUUCCCAUUUUGCUGGUGUGACAAGGAAGGUGACAGUGACCAAAAAAUUAUUUAACCAAGGAAAGAACAGAGAGGCAGUCAAACAGCUAGUAACCUGAAAAAAGAGAACAACACUUAAAUGACUUUGGCUAAAUUACACUGGACUAUUUGAAACAGACAUUCCUCUCACUUCUAACUCAUCCUAUCAAUGCUCUGUUCAGUAGACCUGGAGUCUGCCUCAUUAAGGCCUGAACAUAAGCUCUGGCCUAAAUUCAGUUUCAGUUACACCACUGCAAGUUGGCCCUCAACAGCAAACUCAGGCUUUGGCCCCAAAUCAAUGGACGGGAAUUUCUUUUUCUACUGGCUUUAAAUUCAAGCAAAUUAUUGAUUAUAUACAACUAAAUCACUGAGGUAGUUUCUGGCCAAGUGUUACUCAGAUAAAGUGUCACACGCCAUAGGCUUGUGUCAGAGGAUGGAUCUCAGGAUUUAACCCUUUGUUUAUAUAGACUAUCCUGUAUUUAAAAACAAACGUGUUCAGUUUGGUAAUAUGUUGAAACAUGUUCACCUCAGUGAUUAUACAUCUACUAAAUCACAUCAGUACCUUGUCCUCAAAUCGGGUUGUCUGCCAGGCCAUGACUCCCACUACAAAAAGCAAAGGUCAAGACUUUUAAAUAAUGGAUACCUAACAUUAGACUCUUAAGCCCAGAGAGAGAUGCUGUCUAUGGGCUUGAUAUUCUGAAGUGCUGAGAUUCUGCAGCUCUCACUGAAUUAAAUGCGAACUGCGAAUGGCACAGCUCUUGAAAAUGAUGCACCACGUAUGUUCUGUAUUGAACUAGUUAUCUCAGCUACUUCAAGUGUUGAAUGUCAUCCUUCAGAAAGGAGCUGCUUUGACAGGGCUGCUACCAAUUUUCACAGGGAGUGGAUAUGGCUAUACUGCAAGGAAAGCCUGGGAUUAGUGAAACUCAAGUCAGCUGACUUGUGCUCUGUAUCCCUGAGCUUGAGCAUCUAUAGUGUAUGUUAUCUCUACAUUAAAACUUUUCUAACUGCUGAUGGAACCUGGGACUUUGGCAGGGGUGAAAGUGGGCCGCUACAGCGGACCGAUUAAAAAGUGGUCACCAAUCCCAGCCUAUACACAGC